CACAAAGCUGGAGAGAAUCCAAUUGUCAGCCCACAACACUCGCGACUUAUUUGAUUCCUUGACUUCCUGUUCCUUUUUCUUUCAAUCUCUUACUUCAGCUGCCAUGAAGCCAUGGGGUCCAGUCAGCAAUUGGCCGGGGCCUGAAAGAGAGACAGACAAGUUGUCCCCUUCGGUCACAGUCCACUGACUGAUGUGAGGACGACGACGUUCCCGUCGCAACGAGAACUCGACACAAUGAUGGCUUUGUUCUCUCCCCUUGCCGACGGAUUGGUCAAGUGUCGAUUGCCCAUUCCGGAGCAAACAAAACACGCUGGGUUGUCAAUGCUUGGUUCGAGCUGCCAGCCUGUUUCUUUGUCUCCCAGCUUCACAAUGUUCGCAUGCAGCAACUCCAGCUCUCCCUCGAAGGUUCCCGUCCUUGACUUUGGACAAAGAAGAUUACCUCUAGCUAAAGCAUGACCCACAGAAACCACCAGCAGUACAGCUUACCCUUCAAUGGGCCACCCACUUCCACUAACGCAAACGCAAACGCAAACACCUUUACUUGUAUUCGAAGGGGGCCAAAGGAAGCAAGCGGAAGAAUAAUGCCCUCGUUUGUCUCUUUGUCCGAUGUGAUGCCUUGAAAUGGUUGUUUACCCCCUACAAUCACCAUUCCCUCUCAAUGUCCUUCUCUUCCUUUUUCUCUCUUCUUUUCUUCCUCCAUUCGUCGAUUAAGCUGUACGCCGUUCAUAAACAAACCUCAUCGUUGAUCAACAGCAACAGCAACAAGUAAACAAAUCAUCAAAAGUUGUUAGUGCGGACUGACCAGGCUCAUCUACAACAUCUGUAGAAGACCUAGUCCGAACCCAAACGAGUGCGGGAACGACCAUCAUGCCUUGGGGACUUCCCUUCUUUCGGAACCGCACGGAGGACCAGAACCAGAACAACAAGAAAAAAGGCAGCAGCAAGAGCCCGAAGAACGCCAACAAACCCACCAACCGCGUCACCAAGCCCAGAGCUCACUCGACAGGCAACCUGGAAAAGUCUACCAAGUCCACCAUCCAAAAAGCCAUCGACUCCGCAGACAGCUCCAAGUCCGUUCCCAUCACAAACCCGUACGGCUCCCGCCUCUUCGGCACCGAUCCCUCCAACCUCGCCUCUUUCAAUUUCCAACGCCCUACCCCAGCCAUUCCCCUCUCCCCUACAGAAGUCGCCAUUAAGAAACGUGACCAACGCCUAGCCGCUCUCGCCCAGCGCAAAGCACAAGAAGAACACGACAACAAGCUCCGCCUCGCCUCCCUUCGGCGAGUCGACCCUACCGUGACUCCUCACUCUGACGCCUUUCAAACCAUUCUGUAUUCCCUUCGCACCCACCUGGACUCGCCCACCUCUACCUUGAACGAGCUGCUCAAGUCGCGGUUCAGUCCCGAGGAUCGGGACCUGUUGCUGCCGGCUGAUUGGGAGCAGAAUCCCGUCUUGGCUGAGUUGCAGGGGAAAAACAGCGAGAGGUAUAAGAGGUUGGUCAAGGGGGAGGUGAAGGGUUGGCAGAAGAAGGGGGAUAACAACAACGAAGGGUGGGCAAAGGAGGCCGAUUUAGCGUUCAAAUUGACUUGUUUGUACUUUGGAUUGCCGGUCGCACCGAUGGGGUGGGAACAGAGCGAGACGAGGAGGUGGUGGGAGAAGAAGCAGCAGCAGCAGCAGCAGCAGCAGCAGAUGAGUGGUGCUGGUGGUAGUGAGAGCGAAAGGGGAUACGGUGGGCCGGGGUAUGACGAGGAAGAGGAUGAUAUGGGGAAUAUUGUCAGGAGGCCGAGAGAGGAUCCGAUCAAGUUCUUGAAUUGUUAUGGGAAGAGGGUUUUUGAGAAAGAUGCUGUUCGAGAACCGGAUCCAGUCCUGGAGACGUAUAACGCUUUGCCUCGGUUCCCGCCGACACUUAAGGAACUCGACCCUGAGGGCGACUACAUAAACGCUGAUGCGUUGCGUGUAGAUAUGCCGGAUAGGUUCGACUUUAGCAUCGGCCUGCGUGGCGGUGGUGAUUUUGAUGAUGAGGAUGAAGAGGACGAAGUCGACGAGGAUGAAGAGCACUCAAUGGGUAUUGAUGAGCCCGUGGAUCUUGUCCCAUCCCCAGAAAACGCCCUCGUCUCUCUUCGCGGCGGAGGUCCUCUCAAGGACAUCGGUGGCGUCUUUAAAGAUAUCGACCACGGCAAAUAUCGCCUCUCCACCGAGGCUUUCUUUGCUUUUGCGCAGACUGAUCACCACAAGGAGGGCCUCAAAAGCCGUCUUGAAGGCGAGAGAGGCGUGUUCGAGAAUCUGUGGAUUCCACUCUACGGUUACCAGGGCAUUGUCUGGUUCCGUAUCGACAUGCUCAACACCUUUGUUGACGCCGUCGAUCGUCUUUUGGGCUUUGGCGUCCGAGCUGGUGCCUCGUACAAGCUCUAUGUAUUCGACAGGAACAAGGAGUACAAGACCCGAGCCCAAAAGGAGGCCUUCUUGCGAAACGACAGGAACUCUCUCGAAGUCGCCUGCAAAGGACCUGGCGACUACAGCAACGACUAUAUUGCCUGGAACUGGGUCGUCGGACACCUUGGCUCGCUGGGCGUCGACACCAGCGGAUCGCCCCUGGCGCACCAAAAGGUGCUCUUCGUCGCUGGUCCCGGUGAUCCCGUGCCCUAUCAAUGGGAGCCAGCCAACAUGCACAACGUCGCCAAGCUGGUUCUUGAGUGGGACGGCAUGCCGGACAUGAACCGUCCGGACGUCGCCUACCUCCGCAUGCCCAUCGUCGGAGAUCCGUCAGCGGCGGAUGUGCACACCAACCAGUUUGCCCCCUGGAUGACACAAGCUUGUCGUGUUUUGUGCGCCGGCCGCAUCCCCAACCGUCCCGGCCAUCCUUUUGUUCCCGAUGUGUACAUUGGCGUCAAAACCACGUCCGACCCUCGCAACGGCGGCAAAGACAAUGCCUACGGCACCUAUGGCGGGUUGACCUUCAACUUCAACCAAUGGACCUCCAUCCUGCAAGCCCACAGGGACUCGCGUAACCAACCGAUCGUGCUGCGGGCGUGGACUUUCGAGUCGCCCAGCGGCAACAUCGACCGUUGGCACCUGUUCGUGCCCGGUGUCUCGUAUGUGUACAGCGACGACUGCGCAAUCUUGCACUCCGAGUUCAAGGACUCCAAGCGCGUCUACGCCAAGAUUAGCAACAUGCUUGAGUCCGGUCUCGGCUUAGAACAGGUGCGGGACCUCAAGCACAUCGAGGUACACCUCCCCGGCGAGUCGUUCCUCGCCGAUGCGCGGGAACAGUCAGAGGUCCUCAUCUCCGUCGACUCAACCGGCAAACUGGACAAGCAGGGCGUCCAGCGCGUUGCUGAACUGCUUGAGCAGUGGUAUAACUGGCUGAAAGAGAAGCCGGGCGUGCCGCCAGCCAAGAACGGCGUGGACAUGUUCCCGCAGUUUAUCACGCUGCAGCCGGUGUAUUUGGACCAUGCCCUGGUCUGCGAUGAGGAUACUGAGCAGUCGUUGGACUGGAAUCCAAGGGAGACGAGUCUCGCGGAGUUCCGCAGGCUGAUUGCGGAGUUGUGGAUUCCCGGAAGGUACUCGGUUGAUUACUAUGCUCAGAGCUCGAGGGUGAGACUGACGCAGAAUGAGCUCGACGGCGCGCCGAUGUUGGUGGUGCUGCCUUCUACCACGGAGUUGGAGUGGUAUAAGAUUCGGGAUAUGAUUGUUUGGCCGGAGCUGGUUGUGCAGGUCUAUGAUGAUCAGUUUGAUGUGUUUGGCGACAUUUUCGCCCAACCGUUUGGUUACCGCGAUAUCUACAAGACGGACGCCAAUCUUCUCUACAGCAGUCUCAAUAACAAGGAUGAUCUUCCCAACGGGAACGUUCUUCGCUUUGGUCGUGACUACCAGCUCUGGGCUGAACAAGUGCCCUGGAGUCAUGGCGAACUGAGGACUAUCCAGCCAUCAGACCAUCAGCCUCGGCCUGUCCCUGGUACUACCGCUUCUCAGCAGUCACGGACUUCACAGACAGCGGUGAAUCAACACAACCCAAACCCGAUGGGUUUCGCCUCCAACCUGCCGCCUCCACGUCCCACCCAUACGGGCGUCUUCAGUGCUUCCAGCAAAUUGGAUGUCAAUGCCAUGAACCCGAGCGAAAAGGGCCGCUUCCUUCGGGAGUUCAGCUAUGCCAACCCGCUCACCGUGGACUUUGUGAAGGGCAUUCCUGUCCACAUCCCUCCCAUCGACCAGCUCCUUGACUGCAAGUUCGAUAACACCCCCCGUCUAGCCAACGGAGUCCUCACGCCCUCGGAGGUUCGCCUUCUUCAGCAAAAGUACUUUGAGCUGCGCACCAUCAUGCUUGAACGCGAGGAAAAGUGUCACUUCCCGGGCUGUGACGCCGCCUUCCCCUUCGGCAGCGGCCUCAUGACGCGACACAUCAAAGCCGCCCACACCGCCGAGAAGUGCAACUUCUGCCACGACCCUCUCUACCAGCACUGGACCGUCGCCCAGCGUUUCCAGCACUUCGCCUCCAAGCACGCCGACAUCCUCGGCGCCCUUCAAACCAGCCGCCCCGUCAACGCCGCCUCCUACGACGACCACCCCAACCCCUUCCAGUUUAAGCGCGAGCUGUCCUGGUUUUUCUGCUGCCGCUGCGGCCGUGACCACUCGGUCUUGUCUGCAAAACUCGACCGCUUCCACCACGACCUCGUCUGCUACCCCGGCGCCGCCCACCACGAGAUCCACCCGUGGAAGUCCUGCACCGUCUGCGGCCAGCGCAUCAACACCGACGACCCGUCCUCCGCCAAAGCGCACAAGCACCCCGACGUCGCUCGUGGGCCGGGCAUCAAACCCGAUUUCUGCGCGCAGUGCGGUCUCGAGCUGCGCAGGCUCGAAAUCGCCGACCGCGAGAAACACGCGCAUUUCUGCAGAGGCCACUGCGGCGGCAAAGGCCACAACAGCAGUUCCUUCAACGUCCGCUUCUGUCCCUGGUGCGGGCUGGAGAUGGAAAUGACUACUUCUGCUGACGGUACCAAGGUCGUCGACAGCGUAGCGGCGCAGCGACACAUUGAUUCAUGCGUCAGGAAGCCGCAAGACGACAAGACGACGUUUGGCCCGAUUCACCCUGUAUCCAGCCGUGCUUACUACUACGGGAUUCCCAACGGGGCGAAGACGGCCCGCGUGGAUGUGCCACAGGGCGUGAUCCCGCUUAAGCAGUGGCAGGGGAGGUCGGCGGCGACCGGGGGGAGGCAGCCGUUGAGGGCGAGGAAGGGGGAGAGGGUUGGACCCGCUGGGGCAACGGAUUUGACGAUGGGAACUGUUGUACCUGCUGGCCUGUUUGCAAAUGUCACACAAGGCGGACCGGGACCGGCUACUACCGCUGCCACGAAGACUGCUGCGAAGAAGGCGAGGUUUGCGGAUGUGGUGGAGGAGGUGAAGGCUGAGGAGGAGGAGGAGGAGGAAGAUGAGGAUGAGGAGAUGAGUGAUUUGUCGAUUCCGUCGGAGGAUGAGCCGACUGGGAAGAAGGCUGGCAAACGACCGGCGCGUGCAGGAGGCAAACGAAAGCGAACCCCUUUCACUUCAGACGACCCUACCUAUAAACCUACUUGGAGCUGGGAUCCGUCCGAUCAUUCUUCUGAGUUCAUGUCUGAUGAUGAAAGCGUACCGCGCCCAUCGGCGGCCAAGAAAACCAAGACGGUGGCAGAGCCGGAAGUCAAAGUGCCAAAGGUCUCGUUCAGGCCUACAGGCAAGGGAGGCAAGAAGAAGCUGGCGCCGUUCCAGUCGGAGGACCCUAGUUACAAACCUCCGAAGGACCAUUCGGAUGAGUCUGAUGUCUCGGAUGUUGCCGCCGACCCACUUGAUAUCUCACUCUGGCCCCAGCCUCAUGAGGUCGUCAAAUUUCUCGGUGAUGAUGUCGUUGACGAGUCAGAAGAAGAAGAAGAAGAAGAAGAAGAGGAAGAAGAGGAAAGGGAGCCUACGCCACCACCAACAACCGAGAACUCCACAGCCAAACCGCCCAGGCCUGCCAAAACACUCGCCCUGACAGCGGCAGCCCAAAAGGCUGCAGCCAAGGCAGCCGCGGCAGCACAGGGCUCCUUUUUUGAGAAAGUCAUUCUCCGGGCCCCGCCCAAGAUUCUACCGACCAUCCAUGGCAUCAGGGAACCGAACUCGGACGCCACCACGUCGAGCUCUGAGGAUGAGGAAGCUUCUGACGAAGAGCCCAAGAAGGGCAGGAAGAAGGCAGCUCCUAAGAAGGCUGCCGCGCGUGGUGGCGUAACCACCAGAGGCAAAGCCAAGCAAGUCGCCGCCGUGGAUGAUGCCGACGAGUCAGAAGAAGAAGAGGAAGAGGGUGGUGAAGAAGGAGAAGAAGAAGCGGGAGAAGCGGGAGAAGCGGGAGAAGCGGGAGAAGCGGGAGAAGAAGAAGCACAAAACCCCGUGAGCGCCACCGCCCCAGAAGACCAAGACCAAGAAGCAGACGGACAAGAAGAAGGACCUCCGGCUAACUCAUCACCUGCCCUAAAAGCAAUGAAAGUCAAGGUCCUCCGCGCGCCUGACUCCCCCACUUCUAUCGGCACCCGGAGCAGAGGUCUAAACGCCAAAAUGAUGCAACUUCGCUCCGGCUCUGGCUCCGGCGGCGGCGACGAGUCCAACCUCAAUACCAACACCAAUACCAACUCCACCCCAUCCAAGCUUCGCUCUCGCCGCCGUGGCCGCCGUACUCGCCCCAAAGUCUCUCUCUCUCCCAACCCCCGCCUCUUCGGCAAAGGCACGUCUCCUGACCCUCUCCAACCCUCUCAAUCCCCUCACUUCCAACCCUCUGAACCCCCUCUCCAACCCUCCUCCCCUCAACCCCAAUCCUCCCCUCCCCCUCCUCAACCCCAACCUUACUCCCGAUACAGCCAUCGCUCCCGCCCCGACCCCCACCCCAAGAAACGCAUCAAAAGAACCCCACCGUCCCCCAAAAAACCACAAAUGGACGUAGAAGAAUUACUCAACCGCGUCAUAGAAGGCCAACUCAAAGUAGCCAGACUCGCAAGACAGGGCAGACAAAUGGAGGACUACAGGCUAGCACGACAUGAGCAGCGAAUUUCACAACCAAACUUGGACGACGGUGACGAAAUGCCGGAUAUGGAUGCAGAAUUAGAUGAGCUGGAGUACAUUAAGCGGGUCAAGCGGAGAAGACAACAAGAGGAAGAGGAGGAAGAAGAAGAAAAACAAGAACAAGAAGAACAAGAAGAAAGGGAGAGGAAGAAGAAGAAGAUGAAGAAGAGGGUGGCGAAUGAGCGGCACGGGGCAAUGGUGAGGAGGUUGAAGAUUCAUGGGUCGUUGGAUGCGGUGGAGAGUUUGAGUCAGGAGGAGAGUGUGGGGGUGGAGGAGAGUGUGAGGAGUGAGAGUGAGAGUGUGAGCGAGGAGGAGGAGAGACAGAAGAAAAGGAAACGGCUGGGACCGCCGGGAAGAGUGACGGAUGAGACUUUGGCGGCGUUGGCGAGGGAGUAUCCUGGUGCUAUAGUUUAGUAGGGCUUGGGAGAGUAAAUGUGAGCGAGUGAGGAUGUAGGUAAAUGGAUCUGGUCUUUGGUUUGGAGACGGAUGGAUGGAUGGCGUUUGUCGGUUCAAUUAUCGUUCUUACGGCUUGGUUUACCAGCUAUUCAUCUCUCAUCUCUUUGUGUUGGUACGUUAGUUUAUGCCCUCGUUUUAGACAUCAGUUUAUGUUAUUGCUUU